CGUGCAGGUGCUGUUCAUGCGCUCCGACGGCGGCCUGGCGCCCAUGGACUCCUUCACCGGCUCGCGCGCCGUGCUGUCCGGCCCCGCGGGCGGCGUGGUGGGCUACGCAGCCACCACCUACCGGGCGGAGGGCGGGCAGCCCGUCAUCGGCUUUGACAUGGGAGGCACCUCCACGGACGUGAGCCGCUACGCGGGGGAGUUUGAGCACGUCUUCGAGGCCAGCACAGCCGGCAUCACCCUCCAGGCGCCCCAGCUGGACAUUAACACGGUGGCCGCGGGCGGGGGCUCACGCUUGUUUUUCAGGUCGGGCCUCUUCGUGGUGGGACCUGAGUCUGCAGGAGCCCAUCCCGGCCCCGCCUGCUACCGCAAAGGGGGACCCGUGACCGUGACAGACGCCAACCUCGUCCUGGGCCGCCUGCUGCCGGCCUCGUUCCCCUGCAUUUUCGGACCUGGAGAGGACCAGCCGCUGUCCCCUGAGGCCUCUCGGCAGGCCCUGGAGGCUGUGGCCACCGAGGUCAACGGCUUUCUGACCAACGGGCCUUGCCCAGGCUCCCCACUGAGCCUGGAGGAGGUGGCCAUGGGGUUUGUGCGGGUGGCCAACGAGGCCAUGUGCCGGCCCAUCCGCGCCCUCACACAGGCCCGAGGCCACGACCCCUCAGCCCACGUGCUGGCGUGCUUCGGUGGAGCCGGCGGGCAGCACGUGUUCUGGCCCGGGCAGUCGCGGCCCGUGUUCUACGUGGCCAGCCGCGGGCACCACGCGGACAUCGGCGGCAGCACGCCGGGCUCCAUGCCCCCCCACUCCUCCACGCUGCAGCAGGAGGGCGCCGUCUUCCUGUCCUUCAGGCUGGUCCAGGGCGGUGUCUUCCAGGAGGAGGAGCAGAUGGGCCGCAUCCUGCAGCGCACGGCCAUCUCCACCAACAUCAAGGAGCGCCUGGACUUCUCCUGCGCCCUCUUUGGGCCUGACGGGGGGCUGGUCUCCAACGCCCCGCACAUCCCGGUGCACCUGGGCGCCAUGCAGGAGACGGUGCAGUUCCAG